AUGGCGUAUUCACGCCCAUCUACAGCCAUAAUUUGUGCCGUGCUUCUAUGGUCAUCUAUUUUUAUUUCGUCCACUCUCGCAGCGGGCAUCCAAUACUGCCAAUCCGACCCUCAAUUCUGUUUCGCCGUGACGCGAAACCACAACGAGACAACCAAUGACCACGAUCUCUAUUUAACGCUAUCCACAACACCAUCCAAAGAUGGAGGCUGGUUUGGAGUUGGGCUUGGAAGCGAGAUGAAGGAUUCUCUGAUGUUCAUUAUCUAUGCCGACCAAGAUAGGGAAUCGCUCGUAACGAGUUUUCGGACAGCGGAUGGUCAUUCCAUGCCCAAGGUUUUUUCGGAGUCGGAUGUCACGGACCAAAUUACUGUCUUGGAAGCAACUGCUUCGAUUGACAAUUAUAUGGCCCAGUUCGCUUGCUAUAAUUGUUGGUCGCCAGAGCUCUACGACGGGGGAGUCUCCCCAUACAUCUAUGCUGGAAACACAAAGCAAACUUUUCUUUCCGCCGACAAAUAUACAAACUUGGAAAUACAUUCUUAUGCAGGCGUUGUCUGGGGAGAUAUGAAUCUCGCAGAACUGGCAGAUGAUGCACAGGACUUGGUACCUUCUAUUCAAGGGGAUAAGACCAUUGGGUUUACUCGCGAUGCACCAAAAGCAGAGGGGUUUUUCACUGCUGUUCGUGUUCAUGGUAUCAUCAUGACAUUCUCUUUCAUGGGCUUGUUUGUUGCAGGCAGUGUGACUAUUCGACUUCCGCUUCUUCGCUCUUUCAAAUAUCACUGGGUAAUACAAUUAUCUGCAUCCAUUUUAGCACUCGGCAGUGGGCUAUACAUGUUCAUGCGCUCAACGCACUUUGGGGUGCACAAAAUUAUAGGCCUUAUAGUUAUCUGCUCUUUGAUUAUCCAGGCUGCCGCAGGCUACAAGCAUCACAUCGACUUUGUCCGGAUACGCCGACAAACGAUCUUUACACUUGUGCAUAGGUGGCUUGGACGCGGAAUUCUUCUCCUUGGUACCUUUAACGUUGGUCUAGGGAUGUACUUCCGAGACUGGUCGUCUCUCGGCAUGUUGGGCUGGUUCCUGAUUUGGAGUGCCGAGAUUACGGGCUAUGGGUACAUAUUAUUACAGCACGAGCGUCGCAAGAGGUCAGCACGCGGACAAGCUGUGCCGAAGGAAGACCUGGAUGAUAUAGUGGAUGCAGAGGUGUUUGAUAUUGGCGAUGACUUCGAGGACGAUGAGGACGAUGUCGAGGGCAUCCCACUGAUGGAGCGUCCAGGGAGAAACGAAACGAAAUGA